CGGGACGGGCUGAGCCGCAGCGGAGCGGAGCCGAGCGGAGCGAGCCACGUGCGCCCAGCCGGAGAGCCCGGAGGCGAUGACGGCCACCAAGAGCGCGUCCAACGGGGACCUCGGAGGGGCGUCGGCGGGGAAGCUGCCCGGCCGGGGCCGUCGGGUGCGGGGCUGCCUGCGGGCCAACCUGCUGGUGCUGCUGACGGUGUCGGGCGUGGCGGCCGGCGUGGCGCUGGGGCUGGCGGUGCGGCGGCCGGGCGGGCUGAGCGCCGCCGAGGUGCAGCUCUUCUCCUUCCCGGGGGAGCUGCUGCUGCGGCUGCUGAAGAUGAUCAUCCUGCCGCUGGUGGUCUGCAGCCUGGUGGCCGGAGCCGCCAGCCUCGACCCGGCCGUCCUGGGCCGGCUGGGCGGCUGGGCCAUGCUCUUCUUCCUCCUGACCACCUUGCUGGCUUCCUCCAUCGGCGUCGGCAUGGCUUUCGCCAUCCAGCCCGGCGCCGGCGCCGCCGACCCCAGCCUGGCCAAGUACGGCGACCAGGACGGAGUGCCCGGACGGAAGGAGGUGGUCGACUCCUUCCUCGACCUGGUCAGGAAUAUUUUCCCUUCCAACUUGGUGACUGCUGCAUUCCGAUCGUAUGCAACCGUCUAUGAAGAAGACAAGAAGCAGAACAACACGGGUCUCGUCAGUGUGGCAGAAUUUAUGAAUGAAACCGAAUCCACGAACAAGGCAGUUCUGAUGGAGCCCGUGGGCAAGGAGGUGGAAGGCAUGAACAUCCUCGGCCUGGUGGUCUUCGCCAUCGUCUUUGGGAUUGCCCUGAGGAAGCUUGGGCCCGAAGGGGAGAACCUGAUCAAGUUCUUCAACUCCUUCAACGAAGCCACCAUGAUCCUGGUUUCUUGGAUUAUGUGGUAUGCUCCCUUGGGUAUCAUGUUUCUGGUGGCCGGCAAGAUCGUGGAGAUGGAAGACGUGGUCCUUCUCUUCACCAGCCUGGGCAAAUACAUCUGCUGCUGCCUGGUGGGCCACGCCAUCCACGGGCUGCUGGUUCUCCCAGGGAUCUACUUCGUCUUAACCCGCCGGAACCCCUACCGCUUCCUGUGGGGCAUCUUCACUCCCUUGGCCACCGCCUUCGGGACAUCCUCCAGCUCCGCCACGUUGCCCCUGAUGAUGAAGUGCGUCGAGGAGAACAACGGCGUCUCCAAACACAUCAGCCGCUUCAUCCUGCCCAUCGGGGCCACCGUCAACAUGGACGGGGCGGCCCUGUUCCAGUGCGUGGCCGCUGUCUUCAUCGCCCAGCUCAACAACGUCUCCCUCAACUUCAUCCAAGUCAUCACGAUCCUCAUCACAGCGACGGCGUCCAGUGUGGGAGCAGCUGGGAUUCCCGCGGGGGGCGUCCUCACCCUGGCCAUCAUCCUGGAGGCUAUUAGCUUGCCCACCAAAGAGAUCUCGCUCAUCCUGGCGGUGGAUUGGCUUGUAGACCGGACGUGUACUGUCCUCAACGUGGAGGGCGAUGCCUUCGGCGCAGGGCUCCUACAGGUCUACUCGGAGAAGAAAAUGGGCCAGACAGGGAACGACGACCUGUUGGAGGUUAAGACGGAGGCCGUGGCGGCCAGCAAGGCAGAGGGCGUAGAGGAGGGGUCCCCGCUGAUUAAGCAGAAUGGUCCAGCCCAUUUGGAGGCUAACAAAUCUUGCGAAAAAGAAUCCGUGAUGUGAUUGAACUCAUCAAAAUCCAGACGAUUUAGGAGAAGAUAUUCUUUUUAUCCAAAAAAAAAAAAAUUUUUUUUUUAGAACUUUUCUCCAAAAAAGGAACUUAGAACUUUUUUUUUCCAAAAAAGAACUAUAAAAGACACAAUUUUGGUCCGUCUCUCAAGAUCGGAAUUUCCCAGGUGACAGGAGAUUUAAUAACGGAGAGCUUUCCUACGGAGAAUUUGCUGUAAACACAGCCUUCCCACUCCCCCGUUUCUUCUCUGAACUUCACGCAAUUCGUAGAUUUGGAAAUUUCAAUGCCAACAAACGCUGUGGGAUCAUCACUCCAUUUAUCCCAAAUUUUUCUCCCUAGUUCUGGUGACGGUUGUCAAAAUUCAGCAGCAAGGGAACGUCUGCUGUUGCAAAUCCAGAAGUUUCUCUUCGGCGACAUUCAGUUCAAAGAAACGAAGAAAAAAUUCAGCGAACGAAUCAACCUAUCCAGAUCACUCAGUCAUCCUUUUGUUGUUUUCUCUUUCAUGUGCAAUUUUCUCUGCAUUUAUUUUUAUAUUUUGGACCAAGCCGGCAGAAAGAGUCUUCAGUUUUAUAUUUUAUUUCUCGUUGUUUGUUUUCCUUCCAUUCUUUACUUGACGUUCUCUGGCCUGUCAGGCCAGAAGGACGAGAAAUGAACUGGGUUAAAUCUUAAUUCCGUUGAUGGGUUGUUGUUUUUUUCCAAAUCCAAAAAGCUUGAAUGUUAUUUGCAAGGCAACCGACAGCCCUUGUAAAUGCAGAAACUGGAGGGGAAGAGAUUUUUAAUGGCUAUUUCUUAUUUCCGUUUCGUAUAACACUCCAUGUGCUGACACGGGGACCUACGGAUGAACUUUUCACUGCCUUUCGACAUGGCCAACUUCGUUUAACCGUCUUCCCCUCAGCCCGUACUUUUUAUUUCUGUUGAUGAUUGUCCUUUUGUUUUAGGAUGGGAACGGCUGAUUUGCGUCGUAAUUUAUUUCUGAAAGGGGGGACUGUUUCGGUUUCGCAGCAGAAAUACGGGAAAGGAAUCGGUUCUGAAAUUUUAAUGGAGCACCCAAAGGUUCUCUCCUCUUGUGGUUCUUCGUAAAUCGAUAUUCCAGGGUUGUUGUUUUUUUGUGCCAAACAGGUUGAAAGACUUUAAACUUUGCUGCAAGGGGUUGGCAGCUGGCAGCCUCAUGCUCAGGUCUGCCCAAGUUUUGUGACCAGCUUUUAUACACGUAGAUGGAGCAAGAUAGGAAGGGGAGGAAAUAGCAGCCAAAUGUUCAGAUUCCGAUAGGAUAGAGAUCGCUAUUCCUCCAGUAGUUGUGUUUGUGGGGCAGUGUAUCCCCCCCAUGCAGGUAAUCCUCGAUUUACCACCACAAUUGAGCUUAAAAUUUCUGUUGCUAAGCGAGACAGCAGUCAAAUGAGUUUUGCCCCAUGUUUUACACCCUCUCUUGCCACAAGUUGACAAGUUGGUCAGUCGGUUGUUAAGUGAAACUGGCUUUCCCAAUGACUUCGCUUGUCAGAAGGCCGAAAAGAGGAUCACGGGACACCGCCACCGUCGUAAAUGUGAGUCGGUUGCUGUAAGUGAAAAAUCUGUAUAAGUCCGGGGUUUUUUUGUGUAUCAUUGUACCAAAAAUGAAUAGUCAUUCAUGAAAGGUGGUAAGUUGAGGAUUACCUGUAUUUGCAGAAGAAAAUGGGCAUUGUCUGGCACCAUUGUACACACAGGGUAUAAAUGGCUUAGAUCAGGGGUCUCCAACCUUGGCAACUUUCAGACUUGUGGACUUUAACUCCCAGAGUUCCUCAGCCAGCAAAGCUGGCUGAGGAACUCUGGGAGUUGAAGUCCACAAGUCUGAAAGUUGCCAAGGUUGGAGACCCCUGGGCUACAGUCUCAGAGCUAGGCACGGUACAAAACCAUGUAAAUAAAGAAUUGGAGCCAAUCUUUUGCACGUGUGUAACAGCUGCCUCUGGGCGAUGCGAUCUGAGCAUUGGAAGGGCACCCCAAGGGCAAAUGGCCGCUCUGCCAGGCCUUGGCAAGGUGCAUUGUGCAUCACAAGUUCUCUGAAAUUUUGGAGCGAUCAGUCAGGGUUUGGGCUGUGCUGCAAGAAGACCAGACAAAAAAAGAGGGGCUGCUGUGUCGGGUGGUCCCGCUUGGCGAGAGUUUUGGAGAAAAACGGGAGAAUUUGGGUCUAGUUUUGUGAGCCCGGGAUCUGUGACUUACUCCCAUGUUUGUGUGUGAAUGUGAGUCCUUGUUUUAUGUAGCUGGAAAAUCCGGGGCGAUGGGUUUUUUUUGUUUGUUUUUUGUUUCCCCAGGAUGGGUGGACACUCCCAUGUGCAACGGAGCAGGAACUGGUCAAACUGGUUUUUUUUUUUUUACUGGCCAACUAAUAAUGCAUUUGCACCCGGCACUUGGCUGGGCUUUACCGAAAUGAUUACAUUGAAGAGGGCUGUCAGCUGCCCCAUCGCACAGAAUAAAAGCUGCAUUUGGGAUUUUA